AUGGAGGAUUGGUUCAGGACAAUGGUCGGGGUGAGGCAAGGAUGUUUGCUCUCUCCCACUCUCUUCAACAUCAUCCUAGAAAGAAUCAUGACUGACUCACUGGAAGACCACAAUGGAACAAUCAGUAUUGGAGGUAGGACAAUCACAAACUUGCGUUUUGUCGAUGACAUUGAUGGAUUAGCAGGAGAAGAGCAGAAGCUCACCACACUAGUGGAGCGGCAGGACACAACCUCAGAGGCAUACGGCAUGGAGAUCAAUGCCGAGAAAACCAAGCUAAUGACCAAUGACACCAAUGGCAUCAACACGGACGUCACCACAGCGAAUAGACGAAAAUUAAAAUAG